AUGUCAAUCUGCUGUUUCUCCAGCCAAAGUUGGAGCAGGAAGAAAACACCAGUAUGCUGCUUCAGCUCUCGGACUUGGGACCGAGUUGCAGUCUGUAGGCGCCUGGCAACGCGAGAGGUGGUACAAUUUAUCACGCAUGGUUAUGACACGUAUCUGGGAUCCGAGCUGGACCGUUUUCGUGAGAGGUUCCCCAUGGAUGAAUGUGCCUUUGACUAUCUGAGCAAAGCAGCGACGGAAGUACAAACAAAGGUCCUGCAGAACUUCAGGCCCAAGAAUCAGGAUCACAGCUUUUGUGACAAGCUGCUCCAACAAGAGGCGCACAGCAACGACGCCUCCAAGCAGCCACCACCGCCGUGCAAGCGAACAACGUACCCAAAACGUC